CAGUAAAUACAGUAAGUGGCGAACCGGCGUUGUGACUGCACGUGUUUUCGCUUCAACUCACCUGGGCGAACCAAAAAACCAAAGUUACAAAACUCACAUCAAAUACACAAUUCAUAAAUACGAAAACACUGUGUUGUGCAUCAUAAAAUCAAAAAAUCAAAAAAUAAAUACAUGAAAACAAAACAGAAACAAAUUUUUUUCAAGUAAUAUUUUUUACAAGUGCGUCGAAAUAUAAAAAUCAAGAACCAAAAAGUGUUUGAGAACCUAAGAGAUGAAUUUUCAAAACUGGAGAAAUAACAUUUUUCUCAACUUGAAUUUUUUAAAACUGGAGAAAACCGCUGUUUAUUUUAACAAGAAUUUUUGAACCAAGAGAAAACGUAUUUUGUCUAAGAAAAACAAAAAAGAAACUCAAUUUUUUCAAGUACAUUUUUUCCAAGUGUUUCGAGGAAAUCAAAGAAUAUUUCCCCUCUAAUAAUCAAAAACCAAAAACAGAACAACCCAAUAAAUCUGUAAGCUUCUAAUUGACUAUUUUUUGACUUACAAACGAAGAACUUCCAAAAGACAUGAAGAGGGCCAAACAAAAGUUGACUUGAGCUCGGCUCAUGACAAAAUCAAAACUGAAAUUAAACAAUUUUUUUUUUUUUUUGACACAGUGGACGAGCGGCGAACAAACAUACACACACAAUUGGAUUAGUGUUUUGUUUAUUUCGGACCCACUGUGACUGUCCCUCGUCCACCCAUUAAAAAAAAAAACGCCGCCUCCUUGAAAUCGUCGCGUGUUGCCGUCGCGUUUCGUUUCGUUGAUCGCUAAUCGUUAAUCGUAAAUCGCAAAUUGCAUACUACAUCAUCGCUAAUCCAUCAUGCCGAAGAUAUUCCUGAUCAAAAAUCGCCUGCAUCAGCAGCAACAACGUUUGCUCGAAUCGCAAAACUUGCUGCAGCACAAAAAUCAGGAUGAUGAGCGUCUGGUCCCACCGCUCAGCCCGAGUGGGAGUGGCAGCGCCCCCUCGCCCACGCCCACCGCCCAGCCGCCACCGGAACCGCAAGGUCAGGGGCAACAGGUGAUCGGACAGGUGCCCGAUGCAGAUCAACAGCCGCUGAGCCUCACGCGCAAGCGAUUCCACCACCGUCGCCACUAUUUUGGACAAUCGCGUCACAGUCUCGAACAUCUCAAUCAAAAUCAGAAUUCAAUCCCAAAUCAAACACAAAAUCCUGCGGAAUCGGAAAUCGAACGCGCCACGGGCCAAGUUCAAAAUGAAAACCUUGCCGCCGAAUUGCUGCAGCGUUUAACACCCACCACCAGCACUGCACAAAAUAAUAUUGUUAACCCCAUAACGCCUGGUAAAAGCGAUUCUCUGGUUAAUAAUAGCAAAGCCGAUUUAGCCACCUCCGUUUUAGCCACAAAAGACUGCACAAUUGAAAAUUCCCCAAUUAGCAUACCAAAAAAUCAGCAAGAGGAAGAGGAAGAAGGGCAGAAGAAAUUGAAGGUGAGAGAGGAAACGGAGGAAACCGACGAUCAGAAGAGCAAAGAGGCGGUAGAAGAGGAGGAGGAGGAGGAAGACGAAGUGGAUGUGGGCGUAGAGGCGCCACGCUCCCGAUUUUAUAAUACCGGCGUGGUUUUAACCCAGGCUCAACGAAAGGAAUAUCCCCAGGAGCCAAAGGAUUUAACACUAUCCCUAGCCCAAUCCUCGCCAGCUACCCCAAAAAGUGACUCCGAUUCGGAUUCCGACUCGGAUGGCGGUUGUAAGCUAAUUGUGGACGAGAAGCCCCCGUUGCCGGCGGUAAAGCCCUUAUCCCUGCGCUUGCGCAGCACACCGCCUCCAGCGGAUCAGCGUCCCAGUCCGCCACCUCCUCGCGACCCUGCGCCCGCCGUUCGCUGCUCGGUGAUCCAACGGGCUCCGCAAUCUCAGUUGCCCACCAGCAGGACAGGUUUCCUUCUGCCACCACUCGAUCAACUUGGUCCCGAGCAACAGGAACCCAUUGAUUAUCACGUGCCGAAACGAAGGAGUCCCUCCUACGAUUCCGAUGAGGAGCUGAACGCCAGGAGGCUGGAAAGAGCGCGUCAGGUGCGCGAGGCACGCCGCAGGAGCACCAUUUUGGCCGCCCGUGUGCUGCUGGCCCAAUCACAAAGGCUGAACCCCAGAUUAGUGCGUUCGCUGCCCGGUAUUUUGGCAGCUGCCGCCGGACACGGCCGUAAUAGUAGCAGUUCAAACGGUGCCGCCGGCCAGGGCUUUCAAUCCUCCGGCUUUGGCAGCCAGAACAGCGGCAGUGGUGGCUCCAGUGGCAAUCAGAACGCGGGCAGCGGUGCUGGUUCACCCGGAUCCGGAGCCGGCGGUGGCGGUGGCAUGGGCGGUGGUCGAGACGGCCGAGGGAACUACGGACCCAAUUCACCGCCCACGGGCGCACUCCCGCCCUUCUACGAGAGCCUCAAGAGCGGCCAGCAGAGCACUGCCAGCAGUAAUACGGGCCAGAGUCCCGGCAAUCACUCCCAUUUCAACGCUAAUCCAGCAAAUUUCCUGCAAAACGCAGCGGCGGCGGCUUACAUAAUGUCGGCAGGCUCAGGCGGAUCUGGGGGAUCUGGCGGUGGAACUGCAGGAUCAGCUGGAGGUGGGGGAGCAGGAACAAACGGUGGUGCUGGUGGUGGUGGCGGCGGCGGCAAUGGCUACAUCAAUUGUGGCGGUGUUGGUGUUCCGAAUAGUAAUGUCGACGGUAAUAACCUUUUGAACUUCGCCAGUGUUUCUAACUAUAACGACUCCAAUUCCAAAUUCCAUAAUCAUCAUCAUCAUCACCACAACAACAACAACAACAACAAUAAUGGUCAAUCCUCGAUGAUCGGUCAUCCCUUUUACGGCGGCAAUCCCUCAGCCUAUGGCAUAAUACUGAAGGAUGAGCCGGACAUUGAGUACGACGAGGCCAAGAUCGACAUUGGUACCUUUGCGCAGAACAUAAUCCAGGCAACGAUGGGCAGCUCCGGUCAGUUCAAUGCCAGCGCCUAUGAGGAUGCUAUCAUGUCGGACUUGGCCAGUUCGGGUCAGUGUCCAAAUGGAGCCGUCGAUCCGCUCCAGUUUACGGCCACUCUGAUGCUGAGUUCGCAGACCGAUCAUCUCCUCGAGCAACUAUCCGAUGCUGUGGACCUGAGCUCAUUCCUGCAGCGGAGCUGUGUGGACGACGAGGAGUCCACAAGUCCGCGGCAGGACUUUGAGCUGGUGUCCACGCCCUCGCUAACGCCGGAUUCGGUGACGCCCGUGGAGCAGCACAAUGGGAACGCAGCGCAAUUGGAUGCCCUGCACGAGAAUCUGUUGACGCAGUUAACCCACAAUAUGGCCCGGAAUAGCAGCAACCAGCAGCAGCAGCAACAUCACCAGCAGCACAAUGUGCAGCAGCAGCAUAAUGUCCAGCAGCAGCAGCAGCAGCACAAUGUGCAACAGCAACAUAAUGUGCAGCAGCAACAUAAUGUGCAGCAGCAACCACCGCCGUCGUAUCAGCAUGCCACGCGUGGCCUGAUGAUGCAGCAGCAACCGCAGCACGGUGGCUAUCAGCAGCAGGCUGCCAUGAUGUCGCAGCAGCAGCAGCAAUUGCUCAGCCAGCAGCAACAGUCGCAUCACCAGCAACAGCAGCAGCAACAUGCCGCCUACCAGCAGCACAAUAUGUAUGCCCAGCAGCAGCAGCAGCAACAUCACCAGCAGCAGCAUCAGCAUCACUUCCACCACCAGCAGCAACAGCAACAGCAGCAGCAACAGACGCAUCAUUCGCAUCACCACGGUCAUAGUCAUGACAACAGCAACAUGUCGCUGCCCUCGCCAACGGCAGCAGCUGCUGCGGCGGCUGCUGCUGCAGCUGCUGCUGCCGCCGCCGCCGCUGCUCAUCUGCAGCGACCCAUGAGCAGCAGCAGCAGCUCUGGCGGCACCAACAGCAGCAACAGCAGUGGCGGCAGCAGCAACAGUCCACUAUUGGAUGCAAAUGCAGCCGCCGCAGCAGCGGCCGCCUUGCUGGACACCAAGCCACUUAUCCAAAGCUUGGGCUUGCCGCCGGAUCUGCAGCUGGAGUUUGUGAACGGCGGACACGGCAUUAAGAACCCGCUGGCCGUGGAGAAUGCCCAUGGUGGCCAUCACCGAAUACGCAACAUCGAUUGCAUUGAUGAUCUCAGCAAGCAUGGCCACCAUUCGCAACAGCAGCAGCAGCAGCAAGGCUCACCGCAGCAACAGCAGCAGAGUAUGCAGCAAUCGGUGCAGCAGCAGCAGCAACAACAAUCGGUGCAACAACAGCAGCAAUCCCUCCAGCAACAGCAGCAACUCCAUCAGCACCACAGCAACAGCAGUGCAAGUAGCAAUGCCAGCAGUCACGGAUCCGCCGAAGCCCUUUGCAUGGGCUCAUCCGGCGGUGCGAACGAGGACUCGUCCUCGGGCAGCAAUAAGUUUGUCUGCCGCGUUUGCAUGAAGACAUUCUCGCUGCAGCGACUGCUAAAUCGGCACAUGAAGUGCCACUCGGAUAUCAAGCGAUAUCUGUGCACCUUCUGCGGCAAGGGAUUCAACGACACCUUCGACCUCAAGCGGCACACGCGCACCCACACCGGCGUCCGUCCGUACAAGUGCAACCUGUGCGAGAAGAGCUUCACGCAGCGCUGUUCGCUGGAGUCGCAUUGCCAGAAGGUCCACAGCGUCCAGCAUCAGUACGCGUACAAGGAGCGCAGAGCCAAGAUGUACGUGUGCGAGGAGUGCGGUCACACCACCUGCGAACCGGAGGUGCACUAUUUGCACCUGAAGAACAACCAUCCGUUCUCGCCGGCGCUGCUGAAAUUUUACGACAAGCGGCACUUCAAGUUCACCAACUCGCAGUUCGCCAACAAUCUGCUCGGCCAGCUGCCCAUGCCAGUCCAUAAUUAGUGGAUGGAUUUUAGAUUUUAAGAACUUGAACAACUUAAGCAACCAAUAUUGUGACUUUGAAGUUUUUUGAAAACUGCCCCCCCUGCGGAGGAUACGGAAUUUUUGGAGAUUAUGCUUAUUAUGUAUAUUUUUGCCUAGCCCUAAGAUUAGUUUUAGACUGUAGGAUUUAGUAUCACGCUACCCCACUCACUUUGCUGUGCAAAUUUCUAUCUUACUUGAACAAUUGAGCCCUUAUGUUUAUAGUUAAUCUUGAAUUUUCGUUUAUAACAAACUUUUUUUUUUUGGAACACCGCCUCUUAGUCAAAAAGUUAUCGCUAGGAUUAAGAAAUGUUUUGAAUAUGCUUUGAGCAACACACAAAUUAUGGAUUAUCACUCGUAUAUAGGUAUAUAUAUUACAAGAAAAUAUAUAAAAGAUAUAGCUGUAAGAUGUUAGGAGCUACCAACCGAACAAACUGCAAACGUUUGCAUUUAUUUGUCUUCAACAAGAAACGAAAAAGAACGCGAAAAAAAUAAGCAAGGAUAUCAUAUUUACACACCACCAACCAUACGCAUAAAUAUUUAUUACUUAAUCACAAACCACAUUGCAAAGAGGCAGAACAUUCAAAUAAACUAGGCUAAGGUCGAUAAAAAAAAAAGUAAACUAAAGCUGUUCAUAAAUGAAGUCAAAGCCCAACAAUAUCCAACACAUUAUGGAAAAUUCGAAUUGCGAAACAAACAUUGUUUGAAUAUAUAUCAUGCAUUAAUCUUAGCUCUUAGGCAAUACCACCAAUUGUACUGAUCUUAAAUGAACAAACACUAAAAAAACAUAAAUAUACAUAUACAUAUCUGA